AGACGUCACUUCCGUGUACGUCACUUCUGUUUCCCUUGACAACUUGAGGACGCGGGGACUGCCACGAAUAAAAUGGCAGAAGUUGAAGAAACACUCCAGAGAGUGGAAGCUAAUAGGACCGUGAUUGGAACGAUCGUCGCCAAUAAAGAAGGUAUCCCAGUCCGAUCAACGUUUGAGAACUCCAAGGCUGCAAAGUAUGCAGGACUCCUUCGUCAUCUGACCAUAAUGGCCACCAGCACAGUUAGGGACAUUGACCCUCAGAACAAUCUCACUGUCCUCCGGAUUGGCACUAAGAAUCAAGAAAUCAUGAUCGCACCUGAGAACGACUGUCUGGUCAUCGUCCUCCAGAGGUGUGAUGGCUGAGGUGCCCUAUAUGUGUUAUCAUUCAAGGGAAGUCCUGAAUUGUUCCUGAUAAGGGUUCCAAGGAGAUGGAUCCUGUUUCGGAUGACUUUCGAUUGAAAGGCAGGCUACAACCGGGACGAGGGGAUGAAAAUUAAUGACAAAUUAAACAAUAACUAGUAAUGCACAGGGGUGAACUGGGACAAAAAACCCAAACAAAAUAAAAAUCAUCCAUGACAUUUUUUACAUCAAUCUCAUCAGUGGAGAACAACUGACUCGUAAAUUAUGUAUAUGUUGCCGGAGGGAAUAUAUUUUACUACUAUUCAAAACCUAACUGUAAUUCUUGUGAUGAAGUGUAUGUUAUGCAGUAUGUACUCUAUAUGGAGACUAUUUUUAUCUUAACAUCCAGCUUUGACUAGACACGAUGAGGGAGUGGUUAUUGCAAUUUAUAAAUAACUAAAUUGAUAGCAUAAUUGAAAAAACAAAUAAAAAAUUACAACACUGAACUUCGAGAAAAACAUUGUCAUGAUCAAAACUAUUUCAAUUCUUUAAUACAUUACUAGCCAUCUAAGGGGCGUUGCCAACAAUAAUACACUGUUGUUAAAAAAAUGUGGGGAUACUGAAAAUUAUUUUAAUAUAGAAAGAAAAGCACCGUUGGUACAACCAUUCAAAAAUUUGGGUUAGAAAUGUCCAUUUUUGAGCUAUUUUUCAGUGAAUAUAACAUUAAUAAACAGAAAUGUAAUGCAUUCUUGACGUAUAAAAUCUGUGACGGAAUGGCUGUGAUGGCGCCUCUUUCCUUUAGGGGGCGAAAUGUUGCAUGUGGUCGUUGUCAGUGUCAUGUUUUAGACAAGAAAAAGACAACCCCCCACCCAUCCCCCCCAAAAACAAUUGUUCUUGGUUCAUACUGCCAAGUUACGUUUCUUGUCUCACUUAUCCAAAAUAAGACGUGUAUGUAGACAUCAUGGAGGGCAAAAAAGCGACUUUGAGUGUCCCUGCAUACGGACAUGUCAUCGCGAGCGAGAAGUGGAGAAACUCGUCGCUUAUUCAAAGCUUGAAAGGUAAAAAAAUAAAA